GAGGAGGUUAGUACAGCGGAGUAAGCGCUCACAUCCAAGAUGAAGGAUAUAAUUGUUGUGUGUCUUCUGGCGUUCGUCACUGGCGCUUCUGCAGACUGUGGUAAAUGCCGUACCAUGAAAUGGGGGACCUGUGAAGGAACUGGAGAACCUUGUACGUGCACACUUCCCACUGGAAUGGGAACUCCUCCUAAUAAGCAAGCAAUAAAUUGUGGGCAGUUGGUUCCCAAAUGCUUCCUCAUGAAGGCUGAAAUGUACCGUGCAAGGAAUAACAUGUCCACUAGAUCUAUUGGUGGGAAGCCAGUUACAACAGCGAUUGUGGAUAAUGAUGGGAUCUAUGACCCAGAGUGUGAGAAUGAUGGGCGUUUCAAGGCAAUCCAGUGUAACAACACCGACACGUGCUGGUGCGUCAACAGUGCCGGAGUCCGCCGAAGUGAUAAAGGUGACAAGAACAUGAAGUGUGAGCCAGCGGAGACCUAUUGGGUCCGCCUUGAGCUGAAACACAAACCUGUUAACACCCUAGACAUGGCGUCACUGAAGACUGGGCUUCAAAAAACUCUUUUAGACCGUUAUAAACUGGAUGGGAAAUAUGUCACGGAUUUUCAGUAUGACGCAAAUAGCCGUUUUAUUGUUGUGGAUAUCAAGAAGCCCAAAGAAGACCGUACUAUAGACCUGCCCAGCAUGGCCUACUACUUUGAGAAAGAUGUGAAAGUCCUGCCCCUGUUCUUUGAUCAGACUCCACUUUCGGUCGAUGUCAACGGUAACCCUGUGGGAAUGGAGACCAUCCUGGUCUACUAUGUAGAUGAUAAGGCUCCCACUAUCACAAUGCAGAAGCUGACUGGUGGUGUGAUUGCUGUGAUUGUGGUGGUUAUCUUGAUCAUGCUCAUUGGUCUCCUUAUCCUGUUUUUCAUCAGGAGACGGGAAAAGGCACGGUACAAGAAGACACCGGCCAGGGAGAUGGAGCCCAUGUCAUAGGAGCUGCCAUGGCUCUACAGCUGUUUUUAGUCUUUAAACUCUGGAGUCCUCUGUGCUCAUACCUGCUGUAUAUUCAAAUUUUUGAGUAUCUUUUUUUCCUCUCUUCUUUCUGGGGUGUUUUUAAACUACUUAAACAAGUGCCUGUUACAUGCUUUUUAUUGUCAAAGUUAUGUUUAAAUGGACAGUCAAGUCUCUACCUCUCAAUCAGGAUAGAGAUUUGUGUGAAUAUAGCCUAAUAUGUAGUAGCUUUUAAAUAUCAUUGAGCUGAUUUUAAUAUACAUGUACAGUUUGUGAAGUGUCAUUGUUUUUAAUAAAAAUUUUGCCCUAGUCUUCAA